AUGGCCUCUUUUGGUAUCUCCAAAGGCCACUUAGGCCAUGAAACUUUGGAUGAGAAAACUCAUAAUCUUCCUGACUCUUUAUCCGGAGAGCCACCAGUCAAACAGCACUACAAUACAGUUGCCCGUGGAGAAUCUAUCCCAUCUUCCGAAGAUAUUCACGACGGUAUUGUAGGAUAUGAUGGAAGGCUUAUGGGAGCGCGAACUACGUUGAGUAGUCAGCAGGAGAAGAAGUUGUUGCGCAGAAUCGAUUGGCAUCUCCUUCCAUUGCUUUCUGUUAUGUAUAUGGUCAAGUCUAUUGACGCUUCUAACGUUUCGAAUGCUCGAAUCAUGGAUCGUGGAACGCCGAGGAAUAUCAUGACCGAGUUGAAUAUCUCGCCUGAUGACUACAAUUUUGUCACUAUGGCAUACUAUAUUCCGUAUAUCCUGGCAGAAACGCCUUCAAACCUGUUGGUAAAGAGCCUCAAACCAUCAGUUUGGCAAGCAAGAAUCAUGAUAUCCUGGGGUAUUGUUCUCGUUUGUCACGCCGCAGUAAAGAAUGCCGCCGGCCUUUACACAGUCCGCGCUUUUCUCGGUCUAUUUGAAGCCGGUCUCUGGCCUGGUAUGCUCCUCCAGCUGUGCUAUUGGUAUCGCCCCGACGAGAUGGCCUCUCGUAUCGUUCUUGUUACUAUUCUCGGUAAUUUCAGUGCUGUUGUGAGCGGUGUGCUUGCUUUUGCGUUUAAUGGUGUCCAUGCGCAGGGUUUGUCGGGAUGGAAAUGGCUGAUAUUGACCGAGGGAGUAUUCACUAUACUUCUGGGUAUCUUCGCAUAUAUCUUCAUGCCCGACUUCCCAGAUACAGCUCGUUGGAUGACCGAGGAAGAGAAAGCCUUUGUCCAAGCUCGACUUCCCAUCAACGCUCCUAGAGCAGCUGAGAAAAACUUCGACUGGAAAGAGUUCUGGCAUACUCUCAAAGAUCACAAGCUCUGGCUGUUUCUUCUCUGCUGGGCAUUUUAUACCAUUGGGACGACAGGGCUCAACUUUUAUCAGCCUACGGUCAUUGCAAAUCUGGGUUUCACUGGCAUCGCCGAGGCCCAGCUGCUCAACAUCCCCCCAGCCAUCUUUGCUUGUAUACUCACAAUAGUAUUCGGAUGGGUCGCCAAUACAGGCCGUUUCCCUCUACCUCUGAUCCCGCUAAGUUUCAUGAUAAUCAUAGAAGCUUGUUACGUUGUUCUGUACACGUUCCCAAACACAGGCGGUGUGUAUGCAGCUACUGUAAUAGCAGGAGGCUUCUCAAUCGCUUGGUACACAAUGAUGUGGCCAUGGAGAGUACAAACCACCGACGGCGCCACCGGUUCCGCUUUCGCCAUUGCAUUUGCCAAUAGCUACGGCCAGAUUGGCGGUGCGGUCGGGUCUCAGCUAUUCAACUCUCGGUUUGCACCAAGGUAUACCACGUCUUUUGGAAUCGCGAUGGGCUUUAUUGGCAUGGCUAUUAUUAUGAAUGUCAUCACUUGGUCGUUUACUUGGAAAGUUGAUGUUGCGACGAGACGGCUGAAGCGAGCGCGGGAUGCUGCUGCGAAGCGAAAUGAGGCUAUUCUGGAUGAUGUUGACAUUCACGCUAAGAGCUAG